CAGAAUUCCUGCAUGCACUCGCUAGUGAUUGUCGCGUGUGGUGGUUCGUGUAUGCUGUGUAACGGGGCUGUCAAAUGGAUAUUAUUCCUUUAACAAGUUCAUCGCUACAUUGAGGCUGAAAAAGAGAUGAGAAUGGGAUCUCGGAUCAAGGACAAGCCUAAGAAGAUAUUUGAAGCUUAUAUGGAGGUGAUAUAUUCUGAGACAAAAGGGCCAGAUAUGUGUUGGCUUUUCCCUGAGGACUAUACCGACCAGGAAACUUUGCAGACUGUGCCUAAGUUUUGUUUCCCUUUCAGUAUGGAAAGUCUGGCAGUGGGACAGGUGGCGCAAAACUUCACAUUUGUCCUGACUGAUGUUGAGAGUAAGCAGCGUUUUGGCUUCUGCCAACUAUCAGAUGGAGCUCAGAGUGGCUACUGCUUCCUCAGUUAUCUGCCAUGGUUUGAAGUGUUCUAUAAACUGCUGAAUAUGCUGGCUAACUACACUACUAAAGGACAGGAGAAUUUAAAGAAGGAAGUGUUGGAGUCUCUACAUGCAUUACCAAUUCCUGACCCUGGAAUGUCUGUAUACCUGAAUAUGCAUGCCUGUUUCACUGUGCCUGAUCUAAGGGAGCUGCCAAGUAUUCCUGAAAAUAGAAACCUGGCUGAGUAUUUUGUAGCGGUAGAUGUAAACAAUAUGCUUCAUCUGUAUGCAAGCAUGCUGCACGAACGAAGAGUCCUAAUUAGCUCCAGCAGUUUAAGCACUUUAACGGCAUGUGUCCAUGCAGCAGCAGCCAUGUUGUAUCCCAUGUACUGGCAGCAUGUUUACAUCCCAGUGCUACCACAGCAUCUUCUAGACUACUGCUGUGCUCCUAUGCCAUACCUUAUAGGAGUCCACUCCAGCCUGAUGGAGAGGGUGCGGGUAAUGGCUUUAGAUGAUGUUGUAAUUCUAAAUGUGGAUAGUAACACGUUAGAGACUCCAUUUGAUGAUCUACAGAACCUUCCUAAUGAUGUGGUAUCGGCUCUGAAGAAUCGUCUGAAAAAAGUAUCUACUACAAUGGGAGAUGGGGCAGCUAGAGCUUUCUUGAAAUCACAGGCCGCACUGUUUGGAAGCUACAGGAGUGCUCUACGCAUAGAACCGGAUGAGCCAAUAACAUUCAAUGAGGAUGCAUUCAUCACACACAGAUCUAACACAAUGAGACAGUUUCUCCAGAAUGCCACACAGCUUCAGCUCUUUAAACAAUUUAUAGAUGGACGUUUGGAAUUACUGAACUCUGGUGAAGGCUUCAAUGAUGUUUUUGAGGAGGAGAUUAAUAUGGGAGAAUAUGCUGGUAGUGAUAAAGUAUACCAUCAAUGGCUUCUCACAUUUAAGAAAGGUGGUGGAGCCAUCUUUAACACUGUGAAGACAAAAGCAAACCCUGCUAUGAAGACUGUCUACAAGUUUGCAAAAGACCAUGCGAAGAUGGGUAUCAAAGAAGUGAAGAGUCGUCUUAAGCAAAAAGAGAUGGCAGAGAACAGCAUCUCAAGAGAGGACUCUACCUCCACCCAUUCAGUGUCCACACAAAGAAAGGAAGCACACACCUGGGAACAGAGACGACCAAUUACAGUGCACUUUGGACAGUCUUUCCAUCCUAGGCCGCUAGCAGCAAAGAGACCACGCAGCAACAUGGAACUUGAGGGCAGUCAUGAACACUUUAUGCGCCCUACACGUCACUACACUGUGUUUCUGUGUGAGGACUCCUCUGGUGAUGAGCUGUCACAGGAUGAUGACAUCAUCCCUGCUUUUCCUGAUCACUUCCUUCUCUCCAAACCCUUUGAAUGGUCUCAAUCUUAUCAAUCUCUGAAGGACACAGAGCUUGUGGAAACAAAAGGGGAAGUUUGUUUCCAGGGUAACACAACCAUGGAUGGACCAAUACAUUCUAAGUUAUCUGAGCUGAGCCUUUUAGAUGAUUCAUUUGGCAACCAGCAGGAGAAGCCUACAUAUGCCUUACAUACUAUAAACAGCACACACACAGUGCUUGACUCAGAACAGAGCCUAGAGGAGCUAAGUUCAGUCAGCAAGCCAGUUGACCAGGAUGGCAGCUUCAGUUACCAGCGCCAGGAGCUCAGUGCUGAUGAAAAUACUCAGACUUUUCUGACCCUGAAGCACUCCAGUUGCAACAAAUUGUGGAACCAGUCGUUACCAGACACUGUACUCUUUUCCAGCCAAGAUUCAUCCUCCUUUAAUAUGCCAUUAUCUGUGCUACCACUGGAGCCCUGCCCUCCCAGAGCUUCCCCUGGCCCAGAACUGAUGGAGGAAAGGAGUAUAUCAAUUCCUCGCCCACAAGCACAGAAAAAAAUAACAAAACCAGGAGCUGUGCUUUCACCAACAGUGACUUUGCUGCAAGGUCUGAGACAGGAUGAAAGAGAAGUGGUGGGAAAUGUAAAAAGGCAGGUGAAUCAACAGACACUCAACACAUCCCCUCUGACAGAGUCUCAAACACCAAGCACAGAUCCAGGGCCUGAUCUGCUUUGCCUGUUAGACCCUCUAAGUGGAGUAGUAGAGUCCUCUGAACCAUCACUUCCACCACAGCCUGCUUUGACUCAAUUUCAAAGCCAGCGCUCUCCUAACCCUUUCACACAGGACUCCCACUACAUCCUCCAAAAAUAUUAUAACCCUGUGCAUCCAGAAAACCCCUUUAGCACUGCCUACUUCUCACCACAAACUACUGCAUAUUUUCAAACCUCUCCUGUUUUGAUGUUUAAUCAGGCUUCCCCUGUCAGUGGGCCUACAAUGAAUGGAUCAUGGCCUGUUGACAGAUCAUCACCAGCCCCCAGCAAUAGCACUUCUCUAUACAGUCUGAUUGAUUCUCCAGCCCCAUCCUGUCUAUCCAAGACUCUGCCCCCGACCCAUCUGACAGACAAACCUAAUGACCCCUUCAGUGACCUUCUCACCAUGGCAACAUCAUCCACAACACAAACAAAAAGGAAAAUGGAAGACUUGCAUAGAAAAUGGGAGACCUUUGACUAGCCUACCUGACUUGUCUCCUAACCAAUCUUCAAAGGUCCAUGGUAUUUUAACAGACAUCAUAUAUCUCAGCCAGCUUAAAGAUUCAGUUCAUACUUUUACAGUAAAGGUUAAACUACCAUAGUGAUACAGGAACCUAGUAUUUGACUAUAUGGUUGCUAUAUCAAACACAUUCUCCAGUCUAGACACCAAUGGUGUUACUUCCUAAUGCUUGUUAUUUCUGCUUCUGAUCAGUGCCACAUUUGAAGUGCACUCAAGUUUACAUACUGAUUUGAAUGAUUGCAUGAGUAGUCAUUUGAAAUAAGUGAUUACACACACUGUAGAUUAAAAAGCUAAAACACAAAAUAUGACUCCAAUAUGUUCACCCCAGAACACAAUACUGUUCAUUAAUGGUUUUCAGAUCAGAAUAUUUAUUUCAGUUAGCAUUGGUGUAUGUGACACGUGUCAUGCUGUUUCUCCUAUGGAGCAGUGCUAUACAAGGCCUAACAAUUUAUCUCUUCUUACCCUAACACUAGCUGUUCCAUUUAUUAGAGUUCACUUAAAUGCAAGCACAAAUCUAAUGUGAGUUGAACACAUAUUAGACCAGCAAGCUGCUGCUUAUACUGUCAUACUGAAUAUGAAAGUGAGGGUCAUUUUCAAGUUGGUGAUUUAAAUUGGUGACUUGGGUUCAAAAGUUACAUCAAUAUUUAUGAGAGAAUCUUUCACACUUGCUCUCUUUUUUUUCCUUUGACAAAUGUAAUAGAAUGUAACAUGAAAGCCAGAAACAAUUCUAAAGUGAAAGUAUAAAAAAGUUACUGUUGUAUGACUGAGUAGAUGCAAAAAAAAAAAAAAAGAUAUGUCAUUGAUCUAAUUGGAGUCUACUAUAUUUCAAGUAUACUACUGCAUGUAUAGUCCAAAUAGCAUCAAAUUAAUCACUGCAAAUUUGGUAAAUCAGUGUUAUGAAAUUGUAAUGUAUGUGCAGGAUUUAGGCUAUUUUAUUACUCUUUUUAAAUCUCUAUUUUGAGUUGUUGAAUUAAUAAAGUAAUGCCAAUAUUUAUGGUAUAACAAUGUUCACAGUUUCUGUGUUAAAUCCUCACUAGAAUAGAAUAGUAAAGACAAAGAAAUCAGAUUUUGUAUUGUAUUUAAACUUAUAAUUCAAAUUAAAUACAUUUUUACUUAAAUACUGGUUUCCCUGCUUACCCCAUGUUCACACCAGCAGUAAGAUACCAGAAGACAGUGGAUGCAAUGUGGUGAAAUUGAAAUUGAGAUUUGUGACACUCGGUUUGCUACAGUACUGUACAAGGAGUACAGACGGUUCCCAGCUUGAAAUAUGUUAUAUAGCUUGCUUGUUUAGAUCUCAUUGUGAAGCCAUUCAAGAUUUUUAUUUGUCAUGUACACAGUUGUCUAAAGUAUCCAACUUGCUGUGAAAUGAAAACUGCUGAUGACCAGCAGUGAACCAAAGAUAGGCGAAUCAACUAGCAAUUAGCAUUUGAGGAUGUGAAACAGGAAAUAGCUACUAGUCUGAGUGCAGAAUUUCUGUGUUUUCAGUAGCAAGCUGCAAGUCAUUUGUGUCAUUUGCAGUUUGUCUCUCUGCAAAUGUGCAGAAGCUGCUAUCAUUGUCACGUGGCAUACAAUGCUCGGCCUUUUUAAGAUCUGUUUUGAUAUAAUUUUAGCAAAAGUGUAUAGACUAUACAGUAAAAUUCAUAUACAUCACCAUGUGGUCCUUAAAAUAUAUAAUUUAUGUAUUUUAUAUAUAUAAAAUUUAUACUAUAUUUUUGUGAUAGUGUAAGCCAGACAGUGAGAGACAGUGGCUUUUCUUCAUUUUGUGAGAGUCAGAUGUGUUUAAGCAAGGUCUUUGAAAAUUCUUAAACCUUUGCACUGCAAAAAAUGACAUCUUGGCAUGUGAUAAUAAUUAGUUAAAUUCAAUUUUAUUUGUAUAGCACUUGAAUCACGUUUUCUUUGGCUGGCCGGUUGUGUGUGUAUAUGUUGCUUACCGGGGUAAGAGAUGGCACCAGGAUAUGCUUUUGAAUCAAGUCAGCAGAGGCAGUGUGAUCUGAACAUUAUCCUGCUGGGAAACCAAUGGUCCUGGCAUUCAUGCGAUAUUUUUACAUACCACCUACAGUAUUCACUAAUAUUAGUGGCCUCUUUCUGCCACACUGCAAUUUUUUCUUUUCAAAAAUGCCUUGAGGAACGUGACAAAACAUUCACUUGGUCCCUAAAUUCCCCAGAUCUUAAUCUAAUUGAAGAUCUGCAGGAUGUGUUGGAUAAACAUGUCUGUUCCAUAAAGAUUCCACUUCACAACUAACAGGACUUAAAGCAUCUUCUGUUUAUGUCUUGGUGCCAGAUACCAGAAAUACUAAUGGAUCAGAGCUUUGGCAAAAGGGGGGCCUACACAAUAGUAGCCAGAGGGUUUUGCUUUUCUGGCUAAUCUGUUACAUAUAUAUACAUUUGUGUGCAUAUAUGUUACCAUGUAUGUGUACACUGUCCUUCAAAUCUUUUUAGUUUUUUUUUCAAGGCCUAAAUAACAAUUUUGUUAUCCUCAAAACUUAUAUAAAUUAAGAAAUAACUGCAGAUAGCAAGUAAAACACGGCAGAUUUCAGUAUGUCCAUUUUUCCAAAACGUAUACAAAAAUUCAGAAAAUAAAUGGGAAAAAUAAAUACACCAUUCAGUGACAUGUACAACCACCUUUAGCAAUGAUAACUUGAAGUAAAUCUUUUCUGUAGGAAUUUAUCAGUCUCUCAUAUAGUUUUGGAAAAAUAUUGAAAUAUUCACAUGCUUCAGUUCAUUGAUUGUAUUCAUUUAUGCACAGCUCUCUUAAGAUCUUGACACAUCAUCUCAGUGAGGUUGAGAUCUAGACUUUGACAUCCCAACACCUUGAUAUUUGUUUAUUUAUUAAUCUAUUCAGGUGUCUAUUGCUGAUGUGCUUGGCAUCAUUGUUUUGUUGCAGGAUCCUAGCCACCCUUCCACUCUUUUUGCAUAACAUGCAGCAGCAGCAUGUUUCUCACUAUCUCUACACUCAUGCAGCAGCAGAUGUAUCUGCCUCUACCAAACCCACCUAAAUUCCAUGUCGAUUAAUACAUGUGUAAACCUUAGUCUUAGAGAGUUGACAGAUUGGCUGGUUUGAGUUUUGCAUAAACAUCUGAUCAUCUGGAAAUUUCCCUUACAACAAAACAUCCUAUGAGCACAAGGUGUAUAAGGUGAAACAAUUUGUUGAUGAGAUAAAAUAAGAGAAUUAUUAGAUUAGUUUGAGCUGACAUGAAGAAUAAACUAAGCACUCCUCACAAUCUUGGUGUGUAGAAAAGCGUCUCAGAUUGCACAACACACCAACCCAUAAGGUGGACGGGCUACAACAGCAGAGGCCACAACUGGUUCCACUCAGCAAGAAUGGGAGAAUCUGAAGCUAUCAUGGGCCACAGACUCACUAAAACUGGACAGUUGGAGACUGGAAUAAGACAAGACAAUUUCUUUUCUAAUAUAUUAAAAUCUUUUCAAUUAGUCAACAGUAAUCAAAUAAAUAAAGGUGAUAUU